AUGUACCCUGGAGGAACUUGUGGAGGCACUCUUAUUAAGGACAAUUGGGUGGUGACUGCGGCACAUUGUCUAGCCACAGCUAAGAUUGCAGUAGCAGAGAUUGGAGACUUCACCCAGAAACAGCCGAAGCUCCGAACUGCACUUGGCACUAUGUUUAUUCACGAAGGCUAUCAAAUUGAUAUGACUGGAAAUGGACCCGAAGUAAGGUCAAGGGCACACGAUAUAGCUCUUUUGAAGAUUAGCUCAAGCGUACCCAAACAAGACGUCCUGCCUUUGUGUGGAGACCGAAGUCCUCGACAUUCUAAACUAGUGGCAAUAGGGAUGGGCCUGAACGAAACGUGGACGAAUUGGGAUGAAAUAGUAGAAAGGUUUGAGAACGGGGCUGCUGUUAUUCCUGAAGUUUUGCAAGAGGUGGAAUUGAAGGAAAAUGAGGAUUGCUUUGAUCGAUUGCCAGGGUUAAUGGGCAACCCAGAAAAUCAAAUUUGCUGCACAAAUUCCGAGAAAAAAACUGCGUGCAACGGUGACAGCGGUGGGCCAUUGGUUUUUGUGGACAGCAACAAUAAGGCCAUAUGUUUGUAUGGCCUGACGAGUUAUGGCCCACUCGGAUGUAACAAAGGACUUUCAGUUUUCACAAGAGUUUCGAAGUAUCAGCAAUGGAUCACGUCAACUGUAGCAGAAAACUCGUGA